AUGGAGACUGCGGAGAGUAAUCAGUACACAGCCGCAUCGCCUACAGCACUACGAGAGUCCAUCGAUGCUACGCCUCCAAACAUCUCUACUUCCAUGCAAUCCCACUUUACACCUGCAGGUCCUUCCUCGGAGCACGAGCUGUUUAUUCCCUCCCUAGAGGAGCGACAAGCCGGCGAGGAUGUUAUCAUGGCAGACAUGCUAACAGCAAUGCAGCUAGAUGGCAUGGAGCAGUGGACGGCCAUGGGCAUAGAAGCUGAUUCGGAAGCCAGAUCUAUCUCAUCUGAGCUGGACGAACAACAAACCGAAAGCCUUCAUGCUUCGGACAGGUCAGUUCAUAGCGACUCCUUGACAGCGACAGGCUUCGCAGAUGACGAGCGGACCGCGCAGCCCGAGGAGUACGCAGACGAUUUCGACUCGCUCGAGGAUUUUGAUAUUGACUUCAGCGGGCUUCUCCCAUCGGAUUUCCCUGAUUUCCCCUUCGAUGAUCUGAACAACGCCGACGACGAAAAAUGGGCAGAGAUGCUAAAAGAAGUCGACGCAUGGAAUAAAACACACAACGGCGCAGCCGAAGAAGACACUCACACCACCACCGCUCCCGGCGAACCCUUCACAUACGCCGUCGACCCCUUCACCCCAGAAAUCUGCAAAGCCGACCUAAUCCGCUGCCCCAUCCCCAUCCCUACACCAGAAACCGACAUCCUCGCCCACUUCUCCACAGAAUACGCGCGCUCAAUCCGUCUCCUCAAAGUAAAAUACCGGUGGUACCACACUUCCCCCUCAGACUGGCAAAAAGAAGUCACCACCCUAAUCUCCGGCAUCGACAACGCAUCCAACAACCUAGAACCCUGGCUACCAUUGCACAGAUGGCUCGUACUAUACCGUCGCCUCAUGCAAGGUGCGACGGCGCGUGAGCGCUACAAGACUAAGAAUUUCUUGCUGAAGAAGUUGGAGGCGAUGGCGAAGAUGCGGAUGGAGGAGAGUAAGGCGGCGGUUGUGGAGUUACUGCAGGCGAAGGGGAUGAAGAUGGCGCAUGGGGCGCUAUGUGGGAUGAAGCGUGCGGUUGAUGAGGAUUGUGAGAGGAGGGGGAGUUUGCUGCUGGGGACUAUUCCCGAGUUUACGAAUGAGCUUGUUGGGGGGUUUUCGGGGAGGUGGUCUUGGGUGGACUGA